AUGCGUCCAUCUACCAACAGAAAAAUCAGCACUGGAAAGAGUAUGCUCGCGAAACUGUCAGACAAAGUGCGCGAUGUUGUGUUUACCAAUCGCAAUUUAUAUCCCUGCUACAAUGAACUUCCGAUUGCGGGACACGAACCUCAUUUGCGAACCUAUUACCGAGAAGCCUGCUUCGACACUUAUUUGCCAAUUCGAGCCUGGUUUUUUCUCGGCGAAAUCACAAACUCGAUUGAUGCUCUCAAUAACAAGGCUCGUCAUCGAAUUUUGGUGCGCGAUAGCGAAGGAAAGAACAAUAUAUCCAUUGAUUUCUGGAACAGCCUAGCAGGGAGCACAAUGUUCGAUUACGGUCUCCUCAAACAGGGACACACAGUAUGCAUCCAUUUUGCCAGUCGACAAAAUUCGAGUCUAGGCGUCAGUAUUGAUAAAAGUUUUAAGAAAGUACAAGUCUUCCCCACUUCUCUCCAAAUAUUACUCACAACAAUGUCAAGCGAAAUCAACGAGCAUAUUCCUCUCCGUCCAUGGGCGAAAUCAAGCGACGCUCAAAUAAUAGCUCAUCUUUUAGACAAAAACCGUUAUCCAUUGCACUAUAAACCACUGGAACCAGCUCAUUGUUGGAAUUGUAAAAAGGUAGUGGGUAGUGAAAACGAGCUGAAGCUGAUGAAAUGUGCUCGCUGUAUGAUAGCUCUUUAUUGUGGCAAACCAUGCCAAACGAAUCAUUGGACAACUAGUCACAAGUAUUGCUGUAACUCACAUAGUGUUUAUUCAUCAAUGAUUAGCGAGAUCAAGCAAACUCUCGAUAAUAAUGCUAAAUAUUUGUUCGAGUUCGUCAGUACAGACGACGAGGAAGAAAACGAUCCUGAACAUAAACAGGAAAUCAAAGCGGGAGAUCUACAAAAGCAACAAUACGUGACGUAUGAUACAGACGAUGCUGAUUAA